GCAAUGCCGAAAAUCGUAAAUGUCGAUUAUCGGAUCAAUUAGUUCUUAUUUGCUGUUUUAAAGUAAUUACUAUGAAUUGUAUGAUAUUGUAGCUCGAGUCGUAACCUUCUUUUUCCAAAGAAUUUCGGAUUCCGCGUAAAGUUUUGUUCUGCUGUGCUGGACGUUUACGUAAGUGCAUCACAUCAUCAUAUUCGAUUGUGAUCAGAUUUGAAAGAACUGUACUUCAAGUAAAAGUUACUGGACUAAUUUUCAGUUUUGAUCGGAACUCGUUUCAUGGACAUUAAAAAAGAUCAAAAGUUUUGAGCGUUUAUUCUGCAUUAUAACGUUGUAGGAUUGUUAAUCUUGAUAAAUUAUUUUUAAAGCUAUCCUCUUACUGUUAGUACCUAUUGAAAGAUAGUCAUGACGGAUGAACUGCCAUUAAUAGCUCAAGUGAGCAAUGUUUCUAAUCUUGCUACUCUGGAACAAAUGAAGAAAUUAUUUGGUUAUCUUGGAAAGAUAAAAGAAAUUAGAAUGUACCCUUCAGCAGCUGUUGUUCAACCUCAAUUUAAGGUAUGUUACAUUAAGUACUCUGAUUCAUGGAGCGUCCGUGUAGCUUUGCAUUUGACAAAUACAGUAUUCAUCGAUAGAGCUUUAGUUGUAGUUGCAAUACCAGGAGAAAAUAUUCCUAGUGAAGAUAACACAACUUUUGAUCUUUUAAAUCCCACGUCUGCUUUGCCAGGCCUAUGUACGUCUGGGAAAGAUGUGAGCAAUGAAAUUGCUGCUGUAAAUGGAAAUUUAGUGAUAACAUCCAUUGAUACAAACUUGGAUAUUUUGGGGCUGCCUCAAUAUCCUCCUCUGUCAGCUGAUAAUGACCCAAAUACUAUUGAGGAAAUUCGUAGAACUGUGUAUAUAGAAAAUAUCAAUGCACAAGUUACAGCAAAUCAACUGCUUGACUUUAUCAAUGGAGUGGUUGGUGAGGUUAAAUAUUUGCGUAUGGCUGGUCAAGAUGCUAAUCUUACUCAAUCUGCUUUUGUAGAGUUUACAGAUAGAGCUUCUAUUGUAAAAGCAUUGCAGUGUGAUGGAAUAACACUGAAAGGGAAUAAACUUAAAAUACAACAUUCUAGUUCUGCUAUUGUUAAACCACAAAAAGAAUCUGAUGCAGUUUCUGAAAAAGAUACUGAAGAAGCAAUGAAAAGAUUAAAAGAAGCUGAAAGCUUAAUUGCUCGUGUGGUGGAACCAGAAAUUUCGGGAUCAAAGAGUUCGUCACAUUCCCGAAGACGUUCCACAUCCCGCUCCCGUAGACGUUCUACAUCACGUUCCCGGAGACAUUCUUCAUCUCGUUCUUCUAGAAGACGUUCUCGGUCAAAGUCCCCUGUUAAGAAAAGCAGACGCUCCCGUUCAAGAGAUCGCCGUUCAAGAUCAAAACGUCGUCGCUCAAUAUCUGCAAGCCCAAAAUCUCGGUCAAGAAGCAAGCGAUCUUUAUCAAAAGGUAGACACUCACGAUCACUUAGCAAAGUCCGAAGAUCUACUUCACGAAGCAGAGCACGCCGUUCUCGAUCAAGGAGCAAGUCCAGGAGAACUAAGAGACGAUCACUUUCAAGAAGUAGGAGAUCCAGUUCUAAAGGGAAAAGAAGUAAAAGAAGAUCAGGUUCCAGAAGUCGACGCUCACGAUCAAGGCACAGAUCCCGAUCGAGAAGCAAAGUGUUGACUAGUAAGAGGAGAGAGAGAUCCCGUUCUGGUAGCAGAUUGUCCCACUCCAAAAGGAGUGAUCGAUCUCGCUCUACAAGCCGAGUCUCUCGUUCUAAAAGAUCAGUGAGAUCAAGGUCGAGAAAUCUAUCUGCAACCAGAAGAAGUAAGAGAUCAUCAUCCCGAGAUCAUCAUUCUCCUUUGAAAAGAAGAUUAUCACGAUCUCUAGAAAAAGAAGAUAAAGAGCUGAAGUCAAAGAAAGAUGUAAAUAGAUCUAGUACUAGAUCUCGAUCCAGAGAACGAGUCAAGAUUUCACCAUCAAGUAAUGGUGCAAAAAUAUCUGAAGAUAAACUAUCUGAGGAGAAAGAUGAAGUUAAAGAUGAAAAUGAUAUUUCUCUUUCUGAAUCUGUUCCAAAUAUAUUUACUACUUCUGAAUCUGAAAAAAUGGAAGUUGAAAAUGUAAUGAAUGAUGCAGAGUCGAGCCAAGCAUCUAAUAUUGAUGUUCUGUCUCCUAAGAAUCAGGAGUCAAAAAAUGGUAUAUUGGAACAAGGUGAUGAAAGUUCUCAUACAUUGGACGAAGUCCACGAACAAGAAGCUGUUCAAGACGUUCAAGAAUCUAAGAGAAAGGAUGUUGAUAAAAAGAGUAGAUCACGAUCACGCAGCAAAAGUAAAUCCAGUCGUUCUGAUCGCAGGUCAAAAAAAGCGCGAUCUAGGUCUAGAGAACAUAAGAGAUCAUAUUCUCCUCGAAAAUCGAGACGUAGAUCCAGCAGAUCACCUUCUAAUAGAUCCUCAAGUCCUGAGUAUAGAUCUCGAAGUCGUAAGCUUUCAUCUCGUCGUCGUUCAAGAACCCCCCAUAAGUCCAGUCGAAGAUUAUCAAAAAGAUCAAGAAGUCGAUCUUCUUCAAGACACAAGUCCCAUUCAGAAAAAAGGAAAUCGAGAUUGAGUGGGAAGUCUCGAUCUCGUAGUCCGGAAAAACGCUCGUUGUCCAGAAGCCCGAGGCGAUCACUGACAAAAGGUGGUACUGAUGCUGAAGUCAAUUUGGAUAUUUUAAGUGAUAAAAAAGAAUCCAAAGUCGCUAGGAAAUCUAGCUAUGACAGUGACAACAAAAAUUCUGAUUCUGACUAACAGGGCAAAAGAAUUACUCAAGUAUCAAUUACUUAAAUUUUAUGAUGAAACAGCUUCGGUAUUAUCCCCAUGUUGGUGACUUAUGGCUGGAAAGGUUUUUUAAUUUUUGAAAAUUUAUCACAUUUGACAACGAUCAAAACUAAAAAACAACCUAAACGCAGACUAGCAAGAGAAACUUAAGUAAAACUGGGACACAAGACAACAACACACUUGGCAAGUUAUCAGUCUGAGUCAAUAAAAGUCGCCAACCCAGGGAUUACACUGAAGCUGUACAGCUAUAUAGAAAUUUCUUUUUUUCUGGAAAUUUGUAAUGCAUAUGAGCUGUUUUAUUUUAUAUUAUUAAUUUUUAUAAUUUUGUAUAGAAGUACUUCUUGAAUUUUUUUUUUUUUCUUUUCGAAAUUGUUUCUAAAGUUGGGCUUUAUAUUUUCAUGAUGCAACUUAUAGGCAGUUAAACUUCGGUUAUGCAAACUCUUCAGGACCUCAGAUAAGUUCAUAAAAUUGAGAAACACUGAAAGCAAACAUUUUGUAUUGAAUGAAAUGAAUGUGUUAGAAUAAAUAAAAUUAGAAUAAGCAAUGAA